CCCUACACAUAAAACUUGUAUGUCCCCUUUCAUUUGAUACUCCUUAUAUAAACUCCCUACUAUUAGCCCCACCUUCUUCAUUAUCUGCACCAUUUCCUAGUCUGCUCGUGUGCUUCUUCUUCUUCUUCUUUUUCUCUUUGUUAAGUAAAACUUAUUUUUCUUUUUUUUGCACCAUCUAAUUAUAAUAUGUCUACAGGAUCAUCACCUUGCGGCGCAUGUAAAUUUUUGCGCCGCAAGUGUGCUGCCGAUUGUAUCUUUGCUCCUUAUUUCUGUUCGGAACAAGGUCCUGCUAGAUUUGCAGCCAUACAUAAGGUGUUCGGAGCGAGUAAUGUUUCUAAAUUGUUGUUGCACGUUCCUGUACCUGAUCGAUGCGAGGCUGUUGUUACUAUUGCUUAUGAAGCACAAGCUAGGAUCAAAGAUCCUGUUUAUGGAUGUGUUGCACAUAUUUUCGCUUUACAACAACAGGUAGCAUACCUGCAAGCUCAACUUAUGCAAGUGAAGACUCAGCUAGCACAAAGUUUACUCAACAAUUCAAGAAAUUCAGAAAAUUCUUAUCCUCAUCAUGAAUGGCCCAACAUUAAUAUGGCAUCAUCAAUUGGGCUAAUGGCAUCAUCUUUCCCACCUAACAAUAAUAAUAAUAAUCCAACAUACACUAUGAACUCCAAUUCAUCACCACAAAGUUCACUUGAAUCAAUUGAUCAUUAUAGUGAUGGAAUGAACAACAAUAAUAAUAAUGUGCAAGAGAUACAAAGCCGAUUAGACCAAGUGUUUUAUCAUCAAGCGGCCUAUAGUAGUAGUAAUAGUAAUAGUAGGAAGAGACCUUCUCAAACUGAUUUGGGUGAACUUCAAGCAUUGGCUCUUAGGAUGAUGAAAAACUAAUUAAUUAGUUAGUAGUAGUACUUUUUUAAAUUUCUUUGUUUAAUCUAAAUCAUGCAUGUGUAUAUACGCUAUGAGAGAGAGAGAAAGGAAACUUUGAUCCAUCUUAUGUUAAUCAAGAGCCUAAAAAGGAGGCUUUUUUCCCAAGGAGAUUAAUAUAUUACUGCAAAACUGAUCUUUACUAUAUAUUCUUAUCUUUGUCCUUCU